GAAGACAAGCUGCUGCAGCGACAAGCGUUGUAUCAAGAUAUCGCACUUUCUUAAUCAUCACCUGAGGCUUAAUCGUCAGCCGUUUCCCCGCCGCAGCCUCCCGUCCCUCGACGCAGCCCGUAUUCCGAAGUCUACAACUCCUUGCAAGGAGUAACUCGACAAAGACCCAUCAAGGCCCAUCGCCCCGGUGCGAGUGCGGCGACAGUCACAGUUCAACAUGGCCUCUAGUCCGACUCUUCCGCGAACAAUGUCGACGUCCUAUGUCCAACCCGCGUCGACUCCCGCCAUCAUCGUCAACGGCAAACCAUGGACCGUCGCUUCUCAGUACCGCCCCAUAUCCUGGAACUCGGAGAAUGCACACGUAACGGCCAUGGGCUUGAGUUCGACGGGCAAGGGCAUCCUCAUAGGAAUGCUGUCUGCCUUUGGCUCGGCCGCCCUGGUCGCCAUCAUCCUGGCCUUCAUCUACUUCUUCCGCUACACCAAUCGUGGUCGCAUCUUCCUGGACAGCAUCGGACGGCCUGGAGAGUACGAUGACGAGCAAGCUUUCUUACGUGAAGAGGAGGAUGCUUUGGAAGAAAUGGACGACCUGCAGCGUGCCGAGUAUCUCCGCGCAAAGGCUUUCGUCACAGCCAAUCCCCCCGAAUCCGUACAAACAGACAUUUCGCUCUCGCAGUUCCUCGCAAUUCAAGAGAAGGGUGUACAAGCUUGGGAAUUCGAACCCGAGCUCGAGAUUGCCAACUGCUUCGUCGAGGGUCGUACCGAGAUCGAAUUCUUCGAUGCCGAGUGCAGUGUUCAGAGCAAUCUCCCUGUGCCCAAGCAGAACGAGGUCUACUACUGGGAGGCCAAGGUCUUCGACAAGCCAGACAACACUCUACUCAGCAUUGGCAUGACGACAAAACCCUACCCUCUUUUCAGACUUCCUGGCAUGCACAAAUAUUCAAUAGCCUACACCUCAUCCGGCCAACGGAGAUACAACCAGCCUUUCUCAGGCACAAGCUAUGCGCCUUCAUAUGAGCAGGGCGAUGUCGUCGGUGUUGGCUACAGACCCCGUACCGGAACCGUCUUCUUCACGCGCAAUGGCAAGAAACUGGAAGAUGUCGCCCACGGUCUAAAGUCUCAGAACCUCUUCCCUACAGUCGGAGCCAACGGUCCUUGCAACGUCCAAGUCAACUUCGGCCAGAUGGGCUUUGUCUUUAUCGAAGCCAAUGUUAAGAAGUGGGGUCUUGCGCCUAUGACUGGUAGUCUUGCACCUCCACCCCCAUAUGGCAGCGAACAAGGCAGUAUCCUUCUCGAAGGUGGAAGAGAAGGUGUUCGCGAGGGACAAGCAUAUAUUCACGGCCGCACACACAGCGCGUCAGUCCGUCUCGGAAGGCCAGCCACUAGUCCUGGCCCUCGACGAUCGCCCACUGAAAUUUCUCUCGCCCAACUCAGCCUGAAUGAGUCCCGAGAAGAUGAUGCCGGAGAGGGCACGAGCAAUGCAGCUGCAAGUUACGAAUCCCAAGAGGACCUGACAAUGCCGUCUCACCCCGACGCCCCACCACCGGAGUAUGAAAGCCCAGACGAGGACAAUCACUUCUCGACACCACGAGCAAGUAUGCACUCGGAACGCUCCCAUCUACUACCACAUGACCCACCGAUCCCUUCUUAUGAAGCUGCGGUCGGAGACAUGCGGGCGAGCAAAUCCCGGAACAACGAUAAUGAGCAAUAAACUCGUCAACAAAUCACGACCUCACACAUCUCCUUUUCUUUUCAAUAUAUCUAUUUUCAUUGCGGAGUUUUUAGCGACAACUUCUUUUCUUCUUUUUUGGGUGGACGGUGUCUCUUUCUGGAUUGAUAUUCCCCCCUCUCGAAAAGGGUAGGCUGGAUCUGGGCUUGGGAAGGCAACGUGUUUUUACAAGGAUCAAACACUGGGAUUAGGAAUAGGUUCAAUCGUUAUAUUCAUUGCUCUCUUUUUUGACAAUCAAAAUCACCAAUCUUCGCUUCCUG